AUGCGGGGUGAGCUCCGUUGCGAAGCAGUCAGCUUGGGAGGAAAUAUACCGAAACUCAAAAAGCUCCGGCCUGGGAUUGCUGUAGCCCAAAGUCCGGGACACAUUCUGGUUUGUCUCCAGCAAAAACGGCGCCAGUGGCACAAAGUCACGUCGGAGCUGAACGGCGUUUGCACCUUGCUGGGCAAUGACUUCCGGGAGAAGGCUUUUAUCAACCUUACGGACAUCGUUGAGUCCGAGUUAAAGAAGAGGAUCCAAAGGCGCAAAAGAAGCGGCGGAGAUGUGGACGGGUUUGGCCACAUCGAAUCCACUGUCGCCACACUUUGCCACAACCCAAAGGCAUGCGAAGAUCCUACAGAUGGAAGCUUUCUGUUUGGUGGGAACGGCAACAACAACAACAACAACAACAACAACAAUGAUAUGGAGGAAGAGGAAGAGGAGGACGACUCUGAUCUGAGGACCGAAAUCGCCAUCGUCUUGGACGGAUCCGGCAGCAUCGAUCCGGAAGACUUCAAACAAGCCAAAGAUUUCAUCUACAAUAUGAUGAAGACUUUCUAUGAGAAGUGCUUUGGGUGCGCUUCGCUUUGGUUCAUACGGCACAACAUCGACGGAGGGUUCGACCUGCGCGAGUCGAGACGCCUUGUGGAAGUGCAAGCCGUGACGCAAGUGUGGCAAGAGACCUGGACAGCGUCCGCCAUCCAGCAGUCUUGGCUCUUGUGUCCCUAA